CCAACCACCAAAAGCGCAUUACUUACAUCACGGCUAUUGAUCUAUAGUACUUGCAUUGUCGUAAAUUUGUCCGGAAGGGGUCAUCAGUCAACAAUAAAUCAGUAUUGUUUUUGUCCACAUCGUUCAAGCGACUUUCUACUUUCUCACACCCUCAAAAUGUUCAACGACAUCACGCAGCCUCCGCCACCACUACCAACCGCGGCCCUCCGAACCCUGAGCAAAGGCGUGUCCAUACUAUCCCCACUGACUCGCAGAGGGCACGGCCCAGGUGUUAUCUUGCUUGUCCCAGACUCCGACGCAUCCACCAAGAUCAUAGAAGGAGUUCCAUCACAUCUCGUCAAAUGGGCCGAGGAAGGCUAUGCUGUUGUUGAGAUCCAGCAGCAAGCGCUACAAAAUAAUACCAAGGAUGCACUGAGCCAAGCAAUCGAUGCGCUAAAGCGACUUGAAACGUGUACACCCAAAGAGAAGAUUGGAGUUGUUGCAUAUGAUCCCACAUGCUGGAGCCUUGCCGCAGAGACAGUGAACAGUGUCUCUGAAGUUGCGGCCACAGUCGUGUACGCGGAUAUUGCUCAGCACAACUCCAUUGCUGUGUCCAGAAGUCCAUCCAUCUACCAUUUAGCAGGCAAAGGGAGUGACAGACCAUUGAGGUCGGAGAAUUUGACCGUGUACUACUAUCCAGAAGUACAGUCCUACACUUUUGCCAUUCCCUUCCAGAAAACCUUCCAUUAUGGUCAGGAGGCGUUAUCACAUACCAGAAGCCUCACACAUCUCAAAAAACGGAUGGAUGGCCCUUGGUUCGAUCUCGAGCUCAUCUGGGAAGAGCACACCUACUACGAAUUCGCUGAUCGCUCUGUUGAGCACACCAUGAGCACGAUGGUUCAAGAGCCAUACGUCAACCAUGUUCCGACUCUCACGGGUGGUGUAGGCCGAGCCUCUUUGACUAACUUCUACGCCCACAACUUUAUAUUCAACAACUCCGCGGACACAAGUCUUGAGCUUACUAGUCGAUCAAUUGCUAUUGAUCGCGUAAUCGACGAAUUCAUCUUCACUUUCACUCACGAUCGCGAGCUCGACUGGCUCCUCCCUGGAGUUCCACCAACCAACCUUAAAGUUGAGGUCCCAUUUAAUGCUGUGGUGAACAUUCGGGGUGAUCGCCUGUACCAUGAACAUAUAAGCUGGGACCAGGGCACGGUCUUGCGGCAACUGGGUCUGCUGCCAGAGUAUCUACCCUUCCCGUACGCACUGCCAGACGGGAUGACUCCUGCGCCUGGCAAGCGAAUUGAAUAUCGUGUACCAGUGGCUGGUACGGAUGCAGCAGACAAGUUGAGGGAUAGGAACUCGGUGCCGUCUAAUCAGAUGUUUGAUUUUAAGAUCAGGGAAGUUUAG